AUGCUUAGAAUUUAUUUCAUACAAUGGAAUUGGUAUUUUACACGUCAACAAUAUCAAUUAUUCAUCAUCAUUAUAUUGUUUUAUAUUAAUUUAAUUCAAUCCAAAACGAUACGAUUACGUAUUAAUGAAGAGAUACAAUUGAAUACACAUAUAGGUAGUUUAUUAAAAUAUGUACAACAACAAAGUGGAUUAAAUAAUUUAUAUUUUAUCAAAAUUAAUAAUACAAAUGAUGCAUCGAAAUUAUUUCAUGUUGAUCCUAAUACGGGUGAUAUUAUUGUUAAGCAUAGAUUAGAUCGAGAAUUAUUAUGUAAUAAUAUUAAUAAUCAAUAUAAUCAAUUAAAGAAAUAUGGUAAAAUGAUUAAAGAAUGGUUACCGAAUUUCACUUAUUCUACAAUAUGUGAAUUAUAUUUUAGUGUGAAUUGUUUAAAUACCACAUUAUAUUCAAAUCGUCAUAGAAACAGACUACCUAUAAGUAAUAAAUUAAUAACUAUCUUUGAUGUCAUUAUUGAAUUGAAAGAUAUUAAUGAUAAUGGUUGUCAAUUUAUUCCAUCCAAUCAACAAAUGAUUAAAAUUCGUGAAGAUUCAUUAAUUAAUGAUACACGUUUUACAUUGAAUAUACCAUAUGAUCCAGAUGAUAUGAUCAAUGGGAAUUCUGUGAAACCAGAUCGUAUUUGGAUCAAGAAUGAUUCGAAUAUAAUAAAUAAUAAUCAAAAUAUAUUAAAUUACUUUAAAUUACAUAGUCUUUCAUUAUCGAAUAAUAUUACAAUAUCUAAUAUAUAUUUAGAAUUAGAAUUAAUUCAAAAGUUAGAUUAUGAAAAACAACAAAGUUAUUCAUUUCAAAUUGUAGCCGAUGAUGGUAUUUCAUCAAAUGAUCAUCAAUGUUAUCUGAAUGUAACCAUACUUGUAGAAGAUUGUAAUGAUCAUAUGCCAAUAUUUGAACAAUCUAUGUAUAUUGUAAAUGUAAGUGAAGAUACACCUAUAGGUCAUUUCAUAACACAGAUUAAAGCUUAUGAUGCAGAUACUAAUGAAAAUGGAAAGAUAAUUUAUAGUUUUGCAUCAUAUUCCGACGAUAGUGAUGAUGGUAAUUAUUUCUAUAUUCAUUCAGAAACCGGUGAAAUAAAACUACAAAGACGAUUAAAUUAUCGUUUAAAAUCUAGUCAUUCUUUAAAAGUAUUUGCUAAAAAUCCGGAAAACACUACAUCAGGACAAAUAAAAUCAUUUCAUACCUCUAAAUUAUCAACUACUCAGGUUAUAGUAAAUGUUAUUGAUGUAAAUGAUCACUUUCCUCGUAUUCGUAUUAUAUCACCUACUGGUUCUAAAACCUUAGAAUUAAUUGAAGAAACACCACCUGGACAAGAUAUUGGAAUUGUAGAUGUGUUCGAUGGAGAUACUGGAAAAAAUGCACAAGUGAACUGUAAAUUAACUAAUCAAACUAUUCCAAAUGUUUUACGCUUAAUUUCAGUUGAUAGUGAAAUAAUCGGUAAAGAAAUGUCAAAUUCUAAUCAAAAGUAUAAAUUAACGCUGCAAAAACUUAUUGAUAGAGAAGAAUUCCCAAUCAUUGAGUUUAAUGUAGUUUGUUGGGAUGGUGGAACGCCAUCUUUAUCAAGUAAUCUGACAUACAAAAUCAAAGUAUUCGAUAUAAAUGAUCAUGAUCCAGUCUGUGAUCAAGAUAAUUACACAGUUGAUGUCAUGGAAGAUUCAAGUCCGGAAAGAAUAAAAAAUAACUUUGAAUUUCUCACCAUUCAUGCUACUGAUAAAGAUGAGGGUCGUAAUGCGAAACUCCAUUUUAGUUUAGAUCAAGAAACUCCAACGUAUAUACUGAAUCUAAUCUCGGUCAAUGCAACUACUGGGACACUUAGUACUAUGGGAAAUUUAGAUCGUGAGAAGUUGACUACAUUCGAUGUGACAUUAAUUUGUUCAGACCAUGGUGAACCAAAACGAAUGACUAAGGUGAAGAUACAUAUUAAUGUAUUGGAUUACAAUGACAACUCACCUACAUACUCUCAACCAUAUUUUGAAUUUACUAUAACAGAAAAUAAUCAUGUUGGUCAGCUGGUCGGUAAUUUUCAAAUUACUGAUGACGAUGUUGAUGAAAAUGCAGAAUUAAUUGUUCAAAUUGAAGAGAACAGUGAACAGGCACAUGUUUAUCUUACAUAUUUCGGUAAUAGUUUAAAAAUACAUAAUGACAUUGAACAAUUUAAAUUACAUUCAAAAGAUCUACUGAUUUCUUCCAAUUUACAAGAAACAAGACAUGUUGAAUACAUUCCACAUUUUAAAUUACAUUCACAAAAGUUGCCCAGAAAAAAUAUUUCCUAUUCUAACAGUGAAUCAACACAUUACGAUGUCAAAUUGUAUAUAGACUCUGUUAUUGAUCGUGAAGGAUUAAUCAUGAAAUAUAAAGAUAUAGUUUCUGACACGAUUCCACAUUAUGGAUUACUAGAACAUAUCAAUGAUUUGUAUUAUAAUAAUAAAAUAACUGAACUCUCAAGUAAAACAAACUAUUCCAUAAUAACACCAAUUAUAUUGUUAUUAAUCAAUACACAUGAUAAAGGCAUUCCAAAAUUAUCUGAACAUGUAUCAAUACGUAUUCAUGUAUUAGAUGAGAAUGAUAAUUCACCUCGUUUUAUUUAUCCUGAUCCAACAGAUGUAAAUAGAACAAAAACUGUUGUAUCAUAUAAAGAACCAUCAGGAUAUGCAUUUACACAGGUUUUGGCUAUGGAUAUUGAUGCAGGUGAAAAUGGUACAAUUCUCUAUUUUAUUCAUUCUGGCAAUGAUAAUAAUUAUUUUCAAUUAGAUUCAUAUAAUGGAAUAUUAAGUAUUCAUAAACAAAUUCCAUAUAAUGCAAUAGGUGAAUAUAUUCUUAAAUUAGAAGCAAGAGAUUGUGGUAAACCAUAUCGUUUUACAAUAACAGAAUUAAUUAUUGAAAUUGAUCAAUCACCAUCUAAAGCAUAUCUUACAACAAAUAUAUAUCAAUUACAUAAUUCUGAUAGAAUUAUGCAAUAUGGUGCUAGUGAUAAUACAUUAAAUUUAUAUAUUAUCAUUGCAAUUAUUGCAGCAGCUUGUGUUAUAUCAACUAUAUUGUUAUUUUUAGUGUUUAUAUUUUUACAACGUACAAAACGUAAUCGUCAUGAUAGAACUGAUUUCUCAGAAAAUUCAAUAAGAAAGUAUCAUGAUAUAAAUAUGAAAGAAUUACAUACAAACUAUUCCAUAACAAAUCAAUCACAAAAUCAGAACAUGAAUAAGUUUUCAGAUUAUGGAGUUCAUCCAUUUCCUAAUUGCUCUCAACAAUUACCCAGUUACGAAGAUGGAAAUAAUAAUUUGGAAUUAAUUAAUCAUCCGAAUGGGAGUUUGUUUCUGUUACCUGUUGAAACAGAUUAUAAUUACGGUCAAAAUUCAUUAAAUAAAAUUCCCGGUACUUAUUGGUCCACUAAUAGCAACAUAAUUAAUGAUAAUAAUAUUGUCAACAUGGAAACUAAUGAAAACAGAAUAAAUCUGACUGUUUCAUCAUAUAACAUGAACAAUUUAUAUAAUGAUUAUACAAAUUAUCACAAUGGGGAUAAAAUAGAUAUAACAGGUUAUCAAGAUGUUUGUCAAACAAUAUUGAAUGGUCAAUGUUCAAUACCUUUUAGUAUAUCUGAGGCCUGUAAUGAGCCGACUAAUAUAUCGAAACAUCCACAUAUUUUAAUGUCUACAAUGGAUAAUUGGCCAAAAUUAUCAACAACCGAUUUUACAUCUAAUAUCAUUAUAUCAACUGAUUGUGAUUCAGGUAAUGGUGAUAGUGUAGAAAUUCAACCAAAUUUAUCAACUAAAGUUUAUUUUCUUGGAAGAACAUAA